GUACCAAAAUUACAAUGCAAAGUAGGUAUAAAGCCGAAGGCAGAAGUUUACACUCCUUAUCAAUGCCCGGUCUUACAUAGAUCCAUCAUCGAUAAACAAUUCCACUUGCUGCCAUUGUCCUUCGCAUUCCUUGUGUUCAUUUUCAUGGUGUUUAAGCUACGUAUGAGAUCCAAAAUAAAGGACUCACCAGAGAAACUUCCUGCACCAUGGAAACUACCUCUUAUAGGGCACUUGCACCUUUUACUUUUCUCUCUUCCCCAUCACCGCUUGAAGGAAUUAGCCAAAAAGCAUGGUCCCGUGAUGCGCCUUCAACUAGAUGAAUUAUCUCUCGUUGUUGUUUAUUCGCCAGAUGCUGCGAAAGAAGUGUUGAAAACACAUGAUAUCAAUUUUGCCAACAGGACCCCUCUCCUCUUUGCAGAAAUCAUAUGGUAUAAUUAUACAGAUAUUGUUUUUGCACCAUAUGGUGGCUAUUGGAGGCAGCUUCGAAAAAUUUGCACGUUGUAGCUGCUAAGUACAAAACGUGUAAAAUCGUUUUUGGUCAAUCAGAGAAGAGCAGGUAUCAAGUUUAAUUAGUUCCAUAUUUUCUGAUAUGGGAUCGGAAAUCAACCUCGGAGAAAUGUUAUGGUACGCAUCAUACAUCAUCACUUCAUGGUCUUCUUUCGGUAGAAGGUGCAAGCAACAUGAAACUUUCAUUUCAACUAUGAAGGAAGUUCUGCAUGUGGUACGUGGUUUUAGUAUUUCUGAUAUGUUUCCUUCUGUCAAAUUGCUUCCUGUAAUUAGCGGGAUGAGAGCCAAACUUGAGAGGUUUUCACCAUGAGUUGGACGUGAUGCUCGAAAGCAUCAUUGAAGAACAUAGAGUUGGCAAUUCAAAUCCGAAUAACAGAGAUGAUGUAACGGAGGAUCUACUGGAUGUUCUUUUGAAUCUUCAGGAUUAUGGAGGCCUUGAAUUUCCCUUAACAACUGACAACAUCAAAGCUGUUCUCCUGGACAUGCUCAUGGGUGGAACUGAGACAUCUUCAACAACAGUAGAAUGGGCAAUGUCGGAAAUGAUGAAAAAUCAUAGAACGCUGGAAAAAGCACAAGCUAAGGUGAGGCGAGUCUAUGAUAGAACAGGGGAUGUCAAUGAAUCAGACCUUCAUGAAUUGAAAUACUUGAAGUUAGUUAUCAAGGAAACACUAAGAUUACACCCUCCUGUAUCUCUGCAAAUUCCAAGAGAAAAUACUGAGAGAUGUGAGAUUAAUGGGUAUGAGAUACCAGCCAAGACCAAAGUGGUUGUUAAUAUAUGGGCAUUUGGAAGAGAUCCCAACUACCGGAACGAAGCCGAUAAGUUCAAUCCAGAGAGAUUCAUCGAUAAUUCAGCCGACCAUAAAGGGGCCAACUUCGAAUAUAUUCCGUUUGGUGCUGGAAGGAGGAUAUGUCCCGGCAUGUCAUAUGGAAUGGCUGUUGAUGAGCUUUCACUUGCAUAAUUACUUUAUAAUUUUGAUUGGAAGCUCCCUAAUGGAAUGAAAAACCAGGAUUUGGAUAUGGCUGAGACCUUUGGUCUUACUGUAGAAGGAAAAGAGACCUGCAUCUGAUUCCAAUUCCGUUCCACCCACCACCAUGUGUUCAAUAGUUAAAUAUAUCACAGAUGAUCUCUUUUGUAAUGCUCGUGAGAAGAUUUUAAAAUCACAUUUGUAUCUAAAUAAUGCCCCCUUUAAUUGUACCAGGG